CAGCCAUCACAAUGCCCACUGCGUGUCCCGCGCUCGGAUGCCGAGAUGCUGGCGGCUAACUCCGAGAGCGUGUACAAAUACGGCCAUGGGUUGAGUACAAACUGACCAUAAACACCAUGGCAAACAUCCCCACAACCUCCGGCUACGUCCAAACCACCGAUCCCACAAAACCGCGCACCGACGCCGCCGUCCCCUUUCGAGAGCUCAUCCCUCCACCCGGCCACCCCCGCAUCGCAGGCAUAGAAUCCAGCACCGCGUGCAGCUGGUGCGACUCCCGCCGGCGCAUCGAAGCCCCCGCCUGGCUGAUUGACCGCCUCGACGCAAAGAACCUUGAGCGCCCAUUCCGCGGCUUUACGGCCGACGGCCGCGUCCAAGACGGCCUGUACCAGUACGAGGAGGACGAGGGUGCGCCCGUCGAAGCGGCUGCGGCGGCGGCCGAUGCCCUGCUGGGCUUGUUGUCGGACCAGCAGCGCAAGGAGACGCUUUUCCCGGACGUCGAGCAAGACGAGAUUCGCCUGUGGUCGAACCCCGAGCUUUAUGUCAACCCGGGCGGCCUGCGUCUAGACGAGUGCAGUGAGGAUGUCCGAGACGCGGCGCUCGGCUUGCUGAAGGCCUCGCUUUCGCCGGAGGGCUACGCCAAAGCCCGCGGCUGCUGCUUGACCAAUGGGUUCCUGGGCGAGCUGGUCAACGGGCCCCGUGUCCUGAACGAGCACUCGUACAACCUGCGACUAUUUGGGACGCCAAAUACAGCGCCCAAUGCGCCUUGGGGCUUCUCCUUCUUCGGGCACCAUCUAUGCCUCGUCGUCGUCUUUGCCGGGCGCCGCAUGGUUAUCGGGCCCUCGUUUAUGGGCGCGGAGCCUGACCGCAUUGACGAGGGGCCACAUGCGGGCUUGCGUCUGUUUAGGGAAGAGGAGCUGGACAGUCUCAAGCUUAUGCAGAGUCUGAGUCCGGAGCUACAGCAGCGCGCCACUCUGGCCACGGGCAUGGCGCCCCCAGAUCUACCCCCAGAUCGGUGGAACCCGUUUGACGAGCGGCACCUGGGCGGCGCGCGCCAGGACAACCGCGUCGUGCCGUACGAGGGCUGCCCCGUAACGGCUUUUCCACCAGAGCAACAGGACCGCCUCGUCGCCCUCUACCGCGCCUUCAACGCCUACUACCCGGCCCCCGUGCUCGAGCGCGUCCUCGCCCGCUUCCGCGCCCAUCUGCCCGAGACGUAUUUUGCGUGGAUUGGGCCGCACGGCGACGACGAUGCGUUUUAUGUGCGCAUUCACUCGCCCGUGGCGUUUUGCGAGCUGGACUUUCAUUGCGGGAUCUUUCUCACGAAUACGACGCCGGCAAGGUGCCAUAUCCAUACGACGAAUAGGUUCCCGAAUAGGGGGGAUUAUGGGAGCGCGCUGGUUGCGGGUUUGAGGGGGAGGGGUGCGUGAGAUGAUAGAUUUAUGAUUUUAUGAGUUGGAAUGAAUUGAUUUUGUUUACUUUUUUUAUGUUUCUGAAAUUGAGAGACUGAUUUUGUGAUUUGAAGUGUAAAUAUCUAGGGAGACAGUGAAGGGGAAGACAAAC